UCUCAGAGGACCCUGGCAACAGGCCUUCCCCCUCCCCCGGGGACAUUUCUCAACCCUGAUUAAUCAUUGGGGCGGCCCCAGGGAGGAGGAAGGAAGAUCUCUAUGGCUUACCAUAAAGAAGGCCAGGCGCCCAGCCGCAGGCCGCUGGAUCUGCGCCCAAGGCCAUGAAGCUGGGACUCCCCUUCGCGUUGCUCUCUCUACUGGCAGGCCACUGUGGAGCCGACACCCGCACCGUGGGAGCCCGGGAAUGCCAGCGCCACUCUCAGCCCUGGCAGGCGGGCCUCUUCUACCUCACCCGGCAGCUCUGCGGAGCCACACUCAUCAGUGACCGAUGGCUCCUCACAGCUGCCCACUGCCGCAAGCCGUACCUGUGGGUCCGCCUUGGGGAGCAUCAUCUGUGGCAGUGGGAAGGCCCUGAGAAGUUGCUUCUGGCCACGGACUUCUUCCCCCAUCCUGGGUUCAACUCGGACCUCUCUGCCAAUGACCAUAAUGAUGACAUCAUGCUGAUCCGGCUACCCAGGAGGGUCCAGAUGAGUGCAGCUGUGCAGCCCCUCAACCUCAGCCAGAGCCUGCCGUCCGUGGGCUCCCAGUGCCUUAUCUCUGGCUGGGGCAGCGUGUCCAGCUCAAAACUACAGUACCCAAUGACACUUCAGUGUGCCAACAUCAGCAUCCUGGACAACAAGCUCUGUCGCUGGGCGUACCCGGGCCACAUCUCUGACAAGAUGCUGUGUGCUGGCCUGUGGGAGGGUGGCAGAGGAUCCUGCCAGGGUGACUCUGGGGGACCCCUGGUGUGCAACGGAACCCUGGCGGGUAUAGUGUCUGGGGGAUCUGAGCCUUGUUCCAGACCCCAGAGACCCGCUGUCUACACCAGCGUAUGCCACUACCGGGACUGGGUUCAAAAAACCAUGGAAGAAAACAGUCUAUAGUAAGGACAGACAGGAGAGGAAGAUGGAUGCAGGACCUCCUGCCUCUGCAUCACAGCUCUGGACGUUGAAACCCCACCCCCCCAGACUCUUCCACUCGGACUCCACCGCUUAGGCUCCGCCCAAGACUCCACCCACUUAGGUCAUCUGACCUCUCCGUUUUUGCUCCCAGGCAAAUAAAUUAUAAGACCACGCCCCCUCUAAGCCCAAGAGACACGCCUUCUUUACCCUUGACCCAGACUGACUUUAAUAACUACUCUCUGGAGUAGCCCAACCCUCACGAUCACCGCCAAGAAAUAUCUUUCACUAAAUAGCUGCAUCACUCCAAAUUCUACCUUAUGGGAUUUCUUUUCCGGUCUCCACCCUGCUUAGCCCCACCACCGGUGAUGUCAGGACUGCGCUAACUCCGCCCACGUGGAUUUCUGAAGAUUUUGAGUUCUGCCCAGGCUGUGGCGUGGGUUUGACUCUUGAGAGAGGAUGAUGGGGGCAUUGAUCUCUUCAGAGUCACAGUAUGAAUUAGAAUAAAGCACAGGGCGGUGACUUCCUAUCGUCUGUGAUAUGUUAGAUGAAGGGUACUCAGAGGUGGGAAGGAAGGGCAAAUGAGGGAACCGACACCAGCCGAACCUUUGGGCUAACCCUAACAACAAGCCUAUUGCAGCACUUUGGGACUUCAGCCAGGGCUCGUCCCGCCGCCCCAGGGGGAAGGGAAACCAGGUCACAGCGCCACCCUAACCUGCCUACCCAGAUGCCCCGGGACGACUGCUGAUCCACCCUCAAAGUCCCCAACCAGAACACAUGCCUUCCCCACCUUCCACAAAACUCAGUUCCGACAGAAAACAGUCCCCUGCUACCUCUGACCCUAGAGAACACCCCAUUCCGCCUCCUUCAGAUUCAGCCUCCACCCUAAGACUUAGGGCUCCACAUCUUAGCCCUCCUUCCUCAGAUCCAGAGGCUCAGACGAGGUAUUCAAAAUUCAGAUCGUUUCCCUCGGACUCAGGGAUUCAGGCUCCACCUUCCUUCCUCACACUAGGGUCCAGGCUCCUGCCCAUCUCUCUCAGACCCAGAUACCAAAUACCAGCCCUCUUCCCUCGAACCCAAAGGUGCAGAUCCAGCCCUCCUCUCUCAGACCCAGAGGUCCAGACCUUCCCUACUCCCUCAGAUGCAAGGAUCCAGACCCUAGUCUCCUCCCGCAGACCCAAGAGAGCCGAUUCCAGCUGCAUCCCUCCCUGACCCAGCUCUUUCUGUUCUAGUCCGGGGGUCGGUGCAUAGU